AGGACGUCCAGAGAAGUUUGUUCAGAGCCCUCUGGACACUUACCUCCCCCAGGCCCGGGAUAUAGGCAGCCCUGGUGGCCGUGGGCAGUGACUGUCCUGACCUCUGACCUCAGUCUGCCAGGUGGCCUCUGGACACCCUAGGCACGGCACAGCGUUCCCUUUCCCUCUGAUAGAAGUUAGGGGACUGCUCUGGUGGUCCAGUGGUUAAGACUCAGUGCUCCCAACACAGGGGGCCCAGGGUUCCCUCCCUGGUCAGGGCACUGGAUCCCACAUGCAUGCCACAACUAAGAAUUUGCAUGCCACAACUAAGGAGCCCACAAGCCGCAAUUUAAAAAAAAAAAAAAAAGACUGCAUGCUCCCAAUGCACGGGACACAGGUUUGAUCCUUGGUAGGGGAACUAAGAUCAGUUAGAAACCAUCGGGGAGGGGUCACCUGCCCACAGCUUCUUCGUCCUUGGGUGUCCCUGUGGGAGGACGCAACAGGGCUGAACUCAGAGUCACACCAGCUCUCAGAGCCUGGGGUCCCCCAGCAGAACAGGCCCACAGAAGCCCAGCCUCAGGCAGCGGGAUGUUCCCUGUGGCCAGUGGCCUGUGGUCUCUAGAGUGGCGCUGGUGGGCCUGUAGUUUGGGAACAGAGAGUCUCUUGAGGGUGGAGGUGAGGAGGAGGCCAGCCAGGUGCAGAGUGGCUGAGGGGUCCAGCAUGUGGCAUCCGUCUGGUUGGAGGGGCUCCAGCUGGAAACGUGGGGCAAAGAGUCAAGGACGGUGGCUCAGCUGGCACAGGGACCAGAAGCAAGUGCUGCAGGGUCCUUGGUCUGCUCCCCCCGGAGAGGAGAUGACCGAUCCCUUUUGUGUUGGUGGAGGCCGCCGCCUCCCGGGGUCCAGCAAGAGUGGGCCUGGGAAGGAUGGCAGCCGGAAUGAGGUCCGACUUCCCAUGCUUCACGACCCACCGAAGCUGGGGCUGCCAGUGGUCCGGGGUGGGCAGACGGUGCCCAGCCAGGCCCCACUCUGCUUUGACCCGGGAAGUCCAGCCAGUGACAGAACGGAAGGGAAGAAAAAGGGGCGUCCGAAAGCCGAGAACCAGGCACUCCGAGACAUUCCCCUCUCCCUGAUGAACCAGUGGAAAGACGAGUUCAAGGCACACUCCAGGGUGAAGUGUCCAAAUGCUGGGUGCUGGCUGGAGUUCCCCAGCAUCUAUGGUCUCAAGUACCACUACCAGCGGUGCCAAGGGGUAAGGGGCUGCGGCCCGGGGAAGGGGAGGCCUGGGGCCUGCCCUGCCCUGGCUGUUGGCUUGGGGGUGUCCAUGCCUGCCCUCUCCACCCAGGGUGCCAUCUCAGAAAGGCUGACCUUUCCCUGCCCCUUCUGUGAGGCUGCAUUCACCUCUAAGACCCAGCUGGAGAAGCACCGGAUUUGGAACCACAUGGACCGACCCCUGCCUGCGCCCAAGCCUGGGCCAGUCAGCCGGCCAGUUAGCAUCAGUCGGCCUGUUGGGGUCAGCAAGCCCAUUGGAGUGAGCAAACCUGUCACUGUCAGCAAGCCUAUCGGCAUCGGCAAGCCAGUGCCGGUCAGCCGGCCCGUGCCCGUCACCAAGGCUGUGCCGGUCACUAGGCCCGUGCCGGUCACCAAGGCUGUGCCGGUCACUAGGCCCGUGCCGGUCACCAAGGCUGUGCCGGUCAGCCGGCCCGUGCCGGUCACCAAGGCUGUGCCGGUCACCAGGCCCGUGCCGGUCACCAAGGCUGUGCCGGUCAGCCGGCCCGUGCCGGUCACCAAGCCUAUACCAGUCACUAAGUCUGUGCCAAUUGCUAAGCCAGUGACAGUUAACAAACCCAUGCCGGUCACCAAACCAGUGACCAUCAACAAGCCGGGGUCUGUGACAAAGCUGGUGACAGUUACGAAAGCCGUGCCAGCUGCGAAGCCGGUGCCGGUCAGCAGGCCCGUCGCCAUCAGCAGACACGCGCCGCCCUGCAAGGUGGUGCUGCUGACCGCGUCUGAGAACAAAGCUCCUCGGGCCGCGGGGAGGAGCAGCGGUAAGAAAAGGGUGACGGACGGCCUGGACACCUGCCCCAUCCCACCCAAGCAGGCAAGGCCGGAAAACGGGGAGUACGGCCCGUCCACCGCGGACCAGAUCUCGGCCUUCCAGCUGAGCAUGGACCCCAGCAGCAGCCCCCUUUCUCUGGGCAGCGGGCCCUUGGGGGGCAAGGAGGCACCGAGGGCCACGGGUCCCGUGUCCCCGCCCGAGGAGGGUGCGGAGCGCACGAAGCACAGAAGGAAACAGAAAACACCCAAGAAGUUCACGGGUGAGCAACCGUCCAUCUCAGGGACUUUUGGACUCAAAGGUGAGGCCUGGACCCUCCGGGCACCCACGCGGCCGGGCACGCGCGGCAGCCACACCCACAGCCCACACCUGCUCGCCCCGCGUGUGCACGCAGGCCUGGCCAAGGCGGAGGACAAAGCCCGCAUCCACCGCGCCAAAAAGCAGGAGGGGCCGGGCCCCGAGGACGCGCGGAAGAAGGGGCCGGCGCCCACCAGCGCCGUCGGCAAGGAGGUGCCGGCCCCUGUGGCCCAUCCAGCCCCAGGUGGCCCCGAGGAGCAGUGGCAGCGGGCCAUCCAUGAACGGGGGGAGGCCGUCUGCCCCACCUGCAGCGUGGUCACCCGGAAGACCCUCGUGGGGCUCAAGAAGCACAUGGAAGUGUGUCAGAAGCUGCAGGACGCCCUCAAGUGCCAGCACUGCCGGAAGCAGUUCAAGUCCAAGGCCGGCCUCAACUACCACACCAUGGCCGAGCACAGCGCCAAGCCCUCUGAUGCCCAGGCCGCAGAGGGGAGCGAGCAGGAGCAGCGCGAGCGGCUGCGGAAGGUGCUGAAGCAGAUGGGGCGGCUGCGCUGCCCUCAGGAGGGCUGCGGGGCUGCCUUCUCUAGCCUCAUGGGCUACCAGUACCACCAGCGACGCUGCGGGAAGCCGCCCUGCGAGGUGGAGACCCCCUCCUUCCCCUGCGCCCACUGUGGCAAGACCUACCGCUCCAAGGCCGGCCACGACUACCACGUGCGCUCGGAGCACACGGCCCCGCCCCCCGAGGAGCCUGCAGACAAGGCCCCUGAGGCUGAGGACCUGUUGGGCGUCGAGCGGACUCCCAGCGGCCGCGUCCGCCGCACGUCGGCCCAGGUCGCUGUGUUCCACCUGCAGGAGAUUGCCGAGGACGAGCUGGCCCGAGACUGGACCAAGCGGCGGAUGAAGGACGACCUUGUGCCGGAGACUGCGCGGCUCAACUACACGCGGCCCGGCCUUCCUGUGCUGAACCCUCAGCUGCUGGAGGCAUGGAAGAACGAGGUCAAGGAGAAGGGCCACGUCAACUGUCCCAAUGAUUGCUGCGAAGCCAUCUACUCCAGUGUGUCCGGCCUCAAGGCCCAUCUGGCCAGCUGCAGCAAGGGGGACCACCUUGUGGGGAAGUACUGUUGUCUGCUGUGUCCCAAGGAGUUCAGCUCUGAGAGCGGCGUCAAGUACCACAUCCUCAAGACCCACGCGGAGAACUGGUUCCGCACUUCAGCAGACCCGCCCCCCAGACACAAGGGCCCGGACCCCCCAGUGCCCAGGAAGGAGGAGAAGAGUCUGGCUGGCGGGAAGAAGCGGGGCCGCAAGCCCAAGGAGCGGCCCCCUGAGGAGCCAGCCCCCGGGACGCCUCCCCGCCGGGACGACUGGCCCCCAGGAGGCAGAGACAGGGGGGCCCGGGGCUCUGCUGGCCGGAAGGUGGGAGCCGGCAAGGCACCUGAGAAGUGAGCUUGGAGCCUGACAGGUGGGUGGGGCCCGUCCCCACGCUGCCUUGGCCCCCUCUGUCCGGGGUGGGGCUCCGGAGCCUCCUGCCCUCCAGGUCUCCACCCCCGACCCCUGCCUGUUCCUCUGUCCAGCGGGGGCGGCCAGUCCUCUCCCCUCCCCGAAGGUGGCCCUGAUGGAUGCGGGCUGCCACAGGGCACCCUGGGCUGGAGCUCCCGGGAGCGCCGGGCAGCUGCGGAAGUGCAAUAGUCUGGAGGGACCGUCACGGGCCGGGGAGGAAGGGCUGCAGCCUGGGCUUCGGUGCCGGCGUGGCGUGGAGCAGGCAGGUGGCCUUCUGGCCCUUGGCACGUGCACUCCGUGCCCUAUCUGCUCCCUCGGGCCCAAGGCUCGGGGUCCCUGGUGGCCUGUGGCUCUGGGCUGAUGAGGGUACCUGAGCAGCCUCACCUCUUGACCCGACACUGGAACCCCAGCACCCCCAGCUACCUCCCAGGACAGAACCCAAGUCUGACAGCUGCCGUGCUCCCGUGACAGCCUGCCCCCCACCCCCCAUCUUCUGGUUCCCACACUUCUGCUCUACCUCUCCAGGCCCACCCUGCCCUGCUGUGCGCCCCCUUCUGUGCUUGGGCCCCUGCCCCACUGGCCUGUGUCCGUCACGGUGGGGGCGGCAGCCCUGCUCUGCCGUCCCUGGUAGUGCUCCCCCCGUGGGGCCCCGCAGAGGCUCUGCUGCCGCCACUGCAGGGCUGCGAAGGGGCCGCACAAAGUGAGCUCUGGUCUCAGCCUCAAGCUUUGCUAAUGCCGCUGGCCUAGGUCAGGUAGCCCAGUGGGUUUAGGGGUGAGCCAGUCUGGGUUCCAGGGUCACCUGGGGCCCACCGGCGUGUGGGACGGGGACCUAGGGCCUGGCUCGAGCAGUGACCACUGUGGGAUGCAGCCUCUGUCUGCUGGCCUGAGUUGGCCCAUGGCCAAGCUCCCGUGGGAGCUUCCUUCCCCCUUUUUUACUUGCUCCUUCAUUUCUGGUUGUGUGGCCUUUUGAUGUGAGAGCCAAAGGCCGGGGGGAGCUUGGCCAAGGUCACCGUAGGUUGGUGGCAUCUCCAGGGCUCUGUCUUGGCUCCCUUUGGUGCCCUCAGGGCAGCAAGGUCUGUAGGUUGGGUCAGGUGGAGUCCCGGGCACCCUGAGGACACAGCCACGUGGUUUCUGACUUCCUGCCUAGGCCCCACCUUCCAACCAUGGCAUUGCUGGGACAGGGAGGACACUCAGAGCUGCUGGGUUUGGAUGGAGGCUGUUUUCCAUUGGGGGGUGGGGGUGGGCUGAGGGCUCGGCCUUGCCGAUCCCGGAUGAUGUGAAUUUUGAUAGUUGCCCGUGUGCGUGUGUCUCCUGGGUGUAGUGGAUGCCAGUCUUGUUGCUGUGACAAGUAACAAACCUUUUUUUUAAUUCUGUUUUUUAUACAAAAAUCACAACAAUCUGACAUUUUGGUGCUAAGGGUUUCCUGGUGCCGACGGUGGAUCUGGGCGCUGGGCUGGGGUCCCUCCCCUGCUCAGGGAGGCAGUGCUGACUAGGCACCGCUCUGCCCCCAGCUCCUGUCCUCAUGCAGCCCCUGGAGAGGAGGGGCUCCAGUCUGGGCUCUCCUCGCCCUGCAGUAGGGAGACAACACUUUCCAGGAGGCUUUGGGGCCGCACUGCCUGUCUCUGGCUUCUUCCUUCAGCCAGAAUGCUCUGACGCUGGGCGGUCCUGGCCGGAUAUGCUAGGGACGGGGUGUGGAGAUGUGGACCCCCCCCCACACACACCCGAUCUGAUCAGAGGGCGGAGGCCUGGGCAGGUGCAGGUGAUCCAGCACGGAAGGCUGAGGCAAGCAGCGUGGUCUCGGGGUGGCAGGGCUUCCUUUCCUGUGCUCCCGGGUGUCACUGGUGUACAGCUGGUGGAGGCAGAGGUGGGUUGAGCAGCCACAGCAGGGGGGGCUGCCGGGGGGGGGGGGGUGAGCAGGCACGGGUGGGAGCCCCACGCACACUUUGUCCUUGUCACCGAUGGCUGGAGGAAAUUGGACCUCGACACCUCUGCUGGGGAUAGCCGCCUGCCCCCACCUCUCAGGUGGCCCUUGGGGGGCGGGGGCUGGUUUUGGCUGGGGGAAGAGUUUCAUUGUCACCCCCCCGAAGUCCACGUGUGGUCUCCGGCAUGAGAACCCCACCAGAUACGUGGGAAGAGGUGGGGUCCCGGGUAACUUGACGCUUAGCACUUUAACCCCCUUCUUUGUCUUUAAGGUGGGUGUGGGGACUGCUGCCAAAGUGGCUGCUGGGUUGGACCCCUUUCCCUCCCC